GUCACACUGCAUCAGUCAUCAAAGCGGGUGUGGAUUGCUGUUGGUUUUGUGUUGUUUAAGUUUUUCGAAUCUUUGAGUUCCCAAGUUAGUUUUAUUUACCUUUCUGUUGAUUAAUACAAUGUGCGUGGCCUGCUGAGCAGCUUGAGCAGAUCGAUUUUGAUACCGAGGAAAGAUGUGGCACUUGCUGCGCGCCCUGCUCGUGGUAGCCGCCGUUUUGGAUGCACUGCAGCCGGCGGUCGGUCAGAGCGACACCUACUACAACCCCAACCAGAAUCAGCAAAAUCCACAGCAACCGCUCCUGCCAAACCAGCAGUGGGGCAACAAUCCCCAGACGAAUCAAUAUGGCAACACCAACCUAAAUAAUGGACAAACGAAUCCCAACGAACGCCCGCCCUACAGGACCGAUUCCGGAAGCUUCAACGAUCUUGCCGGGCAAGAUGAGUACGGAAAACGAGUGGGAGGAGGCUAUAUGGACACCGAAGAACCGAGUUUGACUCGUGGAAAGUCCUCCUAUAAUAUCAAGGCCACUUUUCUAGAGUCGCUACACUCGAGGGAGCCCACCUACUUCAUUGUGGCCUCUCGAAUGGUCAGACCUGGUCUUAUCUACCAAGUGUCCGUGUCCAUUCUUCAAGCGCAAUACCCGAUAACUGUCCAUGCCAGCAUAGCCUGCGAUGGUGUCCAAAUCAGCGGCGACUCCAAGGAUGUAAAGGAGGGCGUGCCUGAGACAUUGCUCAUGAGAAUCCCACCCACUAGUGUGACUGGAAACUAUAAGUUGAGAGUAGAGGGUUUCUACCAGAAUGUUUUUGGUGGCCUAGCCUUCCUCAACGAAACUAGACUAGACUUCUCGCAGCGGUCCAUGACGAUCUUUGUGCAGACCGAUAAGCCUCUUUACAUGCAAGGCGAGACUGUGAGAUUCAGGACCAUCCCCAUCACUACCGAACUCAAGGGAUUUGACAAUCCUGUAGAUGUGUACAUGUUGGAUCCAAAUAGACAUAUUUUAAAACGUUGGCUUUCGCGUCAGUCCAACUUGGGUUCCGUUUCGCUGGAGUAUAAGCUGUCUGAUCAACCCACCUUUGGCGAAUGGACCAUCCGGGUGAUUGCCCAGGGUCAGCAGGAGGAGAGUCACUUCACAGUGGAGGAAUACUACCAGACCCGCUUCGAAGUAAAUGUUACCAUGCCAGCCUACUUCUUUACCACAGAUCCGUUUAUCUACGGAAGGGUGAUGGCCAACUUCACAAGUGGUUUACCAGUAAGGGGUAAUCUCACAAUCAAGGCUACGAUUCGGCCAAUCGGAUAUUUUAGCAACCAAGUUCUCAAUGAGAAGUAUCGACUGGGCCGAUCACCUUUGGAGCAGACUAAUCGGUACAACGAGCGAUGGCGCUACAAUAAUCCUAACCAGAAUCCACAAGUUCAGUACAAUGUGCCCGGGCAGCUGCCCCAGGAUGGAUCGGAUCUUUCCCAAGACAUCCUGUAUAGGAAUCAAUAUGUCGUGGAGAGACACUACCAAUUUGAUGAGGAGUGGCCUUUCUGGGUGAGAAAACCCGAAUACCAGGAUAGCUACGAGGCGUGGAGUGGAACAUACCGGAAGACCCUGCCCUUCUUGCGAUACUUUAACGGAACCUUUGACUUCAAGUGGCCUUUAAGGGAACUAGAGCUCCUGGUGCCCAAUCUGGCCAACUCAGAGGUGCUGAUCACGGCCACUGUUGGUGAGAAGUUCUACGAUGAGAUCAUCAGUGGUUACUCCGUUGCCAGGGUGUAUAACUCCAGCUUGAAAGUUGUUUUCCUAGGCGAGUCCCCUCAGGUUUUUAAGCCCGCCAUGCCAUUUACUACUUAUCUGGCCGUGGAGUACCAUGAUGGUUCCCCAAUUGAUCCGAAUUUACUGCGCCAAGGUUUGAUGGAGGUCUCAGGCUUUGUGGAGAGCCGCAACGGCGGAAGGAGGGAUUGGCCAGCCCAGCGGUUGCCAAUGUCCCAGCAAAGCGACGGCAUCUGGGAGGUAAAGAUUGAUAUUAGGAAUGAUCUGAACCUGGACGACCGACCUCAAGCAAGGGAUUUCUUGAACGGCAUACAAAACAUGCGGUUGCAGGCGAACUUUGUGGAUCCGCGAGGCGAACGCAUUCAAACGGAGCUUCUUCUGGUGUCCCAUUAUUCUCCCAGAAAUCAGCACAUUAAGGUAACCACCAGCACAGAGAAACCAGUAGUUGGGGAGUACAUAAUCUUCCACAUUCGCACGAAUUUUUACCUGGAGGAGUUCAACUACCUUAUUAUGUCGAAGGGUGUUAUUCUUGUGAAUGACCGAGAGACCAUCACAGAGGGUAUCAAAACUAUAGCUGUGGUUCUUAGUUCAGAAAUGGCUCCUGUAGCCACCAUGGUGGUGUGGAAGAUUAACCAGCAGGGUCAGGUUGUGGCAGAUUCCCUCACGUUCCCUGUAAAUGGCAUCUCCCGGAAUAACUUCACCGUAUACAUCAACAAUCGCAAGGCGAGAACUGGAGAAAAAGUUGAGGUGGCUAUCUUUGGAGAACCUGGAUCCUAUGUAGGACUCUCUGGCAUCGACAGUGCCUUCUACACGAUGCAGGCUGGUAAUGAACUUACAUACGCUAAGAUCAUUACCAAGAUGUCCAACUUCGACGAGCAGACCAACGGAACCUAUAAGCACAUUUGGUACUCCCACGAGGGCAAUCCCGAUGAGUUGGUUUACUUCCCCGCAUCAUCCUUUGGUGUUGAUGCGAAUCGCACAUUUGAGUACAGUGGAUUGAUCGUUUUUACGGAUGGCUAUGUGCCUAGGAGGCAGGACACCUGCAAUCGCACUUUAGGCUUCGGAGAAUGCUUGAGUGGACGUUGCUAUCGCCUCGAGAAGCAGUGCGAUGGAUUGUUUGAUUGUGAUGAUGGAACAGACGAGAUCAAUUGCCAUGUGAGAAAUGACACAGAACUGUUAAAUUACAGAAAGUACAGAUUCAAUCGCGUACUACGCCAUUAUGAGAACGUGUGGCUCUGGAAGGACGUGAACAUUGGACCACAUGGUCGAUACAUCUUUAAUGUGGAGGUUCCCGAUCGACCCGCCUACUGGAUGGUGAGUGCUUUUAGCGUGAGCCCGUCCAAGGGUUUUGGAAUGAUUAACAAGGCUUUGGAGUACGUUGGAGUUCAACCCUUCUUCAUUAACGUGGAAAUGCCCGAGGCUUGUAGACAGGGCGAACAGGUGGGCGUCCGUGUCACAGUGUUCAACUACAUGACUACUCCUAUCGAGGCCAUUGUGGUGCUGCACGGAAGUCCAGACUACAAGUUUGUGCACGUGGAGGAGGAUGGCAUUGUAAGGUCGUAUAAUCCUAGAACCAGCUUUGGUGAGCACCAGUUCUUUAUCUACUUGGAGGCCCAAGGCACUACUGUGGUUUAUGUACCUGUAGUGCCGCAGCGUCUGGGCAAUGUGGAUGUAACACUGCACGUGGCCACUUUGCUAGGCACAGAUACUAUUACCAGAACAUUGCAUGUCGAGUCAGACGGCCUGCCACAGUAUCGUCAUCAAUCCGUGCUUCUGGAUCUCUCGAACCGCGCCUACGUCUUGGAGUAUAUGCAUGUAAAUGUAACCCAGACGCCAGAGAUUCCAUACCAAGUGGACCGUUACUUUGUGUACGGCUCAAACAAGGCUAGGAUAUCCGUAGUGGGCGAUGUGGUCGGUCCUAUUUUCCCCACCAUGCCCGUCAAUGCCAGCUCCCUGCUUUAUUUACCCAUGGAAUCGGGCGAGCAAAAUGCCUUCAGUUUCGCAGCUAAUCUCUACACAAUUAUGUACAUGCGAUUGAUUAAUCAGCGCAACAAAACGAUGGAGAAGAAUGCCUUCUACCACAUGAACAUUGGUUAUCAGCGGCAGUUGAGCUUUAUGCGGCCAGAUGGCAGUUUCUCCCUAUUCCGCUCCGAUUGGAACAACUCAGAUUCGUCCGUUUGGUUAACCAGCUACUGCCUAAGAGUGUUCCAAGAGGCCAGCUUCUACGAGUGGGAGAACUUCAUUUGGAUCGAUGCCACCAUUAUUGAGAAGAACAUGCGUUGGCUUCUCCAGCACCAGACGCCACAGGGAUCAUUCUAUGAGGUUACUUGGCUUCCGGACAGGAAAAUGAAUCGCACCAACUUUGACAAAAACAUCACGCUUACCUCCCAUGUCCUGGUUACUUUGGCCACCGUGAAAGAUAUCUCUGGCGUUCUGGGAUCUCGAGUUGCAUUGGCCACCCAGCGAGCUGUGGCUUACAUAGAGAGGAAUAUGGACUUCCUGAAACACCAAGCACAGCCAUUUGAUGUAGCCAUUACAGCCUAUGCACUUCAACUUUGCAACUCCCCGAUUGCCGAAGAAGUAUUCUCCAUUUUGCGACGCCAGGCCAGGACUAUUGGCGAUUUUAUGUACUGGGGUAAUCAAGAAAUUCCGCAACCCCCGCGGAAACUUGAGAACCAAAAGUGGUUCUCUCUGCCCCGGCUGCCGUACGAAUAUGAUUCCCUGAACAUAGAAACCACCGCCUACGCCCUAUUGGUUUAUGUGGCACGUCGUGAGUUCUUUGUGGAUCCCAUUGUAAGAUGGCUGAACUCGCAGCGCUUAAACGACGGCGGAUGGGCCUCCACUCAGGAUACCAGUGCAGCACUUAAGGCUCUUGUGGAGUACACGGUACGCUCGAGGCUGCGUGAGGUGUCCUCGCUGACCGUGGAGAUCGAGGCCUCGUCGCAGGGCGGCAAAACGCAAACCCUUUUCAUCGAUGACACGAAUUUGGCGAAACUGCAGAGUAUCGAGAUUCCAGACGCCUGGGGAACCAUCAAAGUCCAAGCCAAGGGUGCUGGUUAUGCCAUUCUGCAAAUGCACGUGCAGUACAAUGUCGACAUUGAGAAGUUCCAGACCAAACCACCGGUGCCAGCCUUUGGGCUUCACACUAAGGCAAUCUUCCACGGCAGAAAUCAGUCGCACAUCUCCUACGUUACUUGUCAAAAGUGGAUUAACCAAAACGAGUCUGAGCGCUCGGGCAUGGCUGUUUUGGACGUAGCCAUACCAACUGGCUACUGGAUACAGCAGCAAAAACUGGACAGCUAUGUGCUUAGCAAUCGCGUUAGGAAUUUGAGAAGGGCUCGAUAUCUGGAACGCAAAGUUGUCUUCUACUUUGACUAUCUCGAUCGAGAGGAUAUCUGUGUGAACUUUACCAUAGAACGCUGGUAUCCAGUGGCCAAUAUGUCUCGUUAUCUGCCGGUGCGCGUUUACGACUAUUAUGCACCCGAACGCUUCAACGAAUCGAUAUUCGAUGCCCUGCCCACUUAUUUGCUAAACAUUUGCGAGGUGUGCGGCAGCUCUCAGUGUCCUUACUGCUCCAUCUACAACAUGGGCUGGCGUGCCUCCAUGUCCAUGUCCCUGCUCUUCUUCAGCGUAUUCGUCUACCUGCUGCGGAGUCGCACGCACCUGGUCUUAAACAUGAUGCAACUGCUCACAUAGGGAAGAAUGAAAGAAAUCCACAAAGUCACCCUCGAAACACUUUGCUAAGAUUUUUAGUGUUAUUGUUCAUUUAUGUGUUUAUUUUUUAGUUUUUUGUUUUAAGUUGUAGUCUUCUGUUUGCCAACGAAAUUGCAUUCCGUCCAAAAAUGCUGGUUAACAUUUUGGUUUAAUUUUUAGUUUUUUCUCUGUAGUUUUCCAUGGACCCGCUGUAGAAUUGAAUGUACAAAACGGCAGUCAAGCAUAAAUUAAUCUUUAUUUUUAUUGCUGAACAAAGAAUCUUCUGGUACACACCAAGCAGACUACAUUUAGACACCUAAUGUAUCUUGUAAGUCGUAACGAACCGUACUAUGCCUUAUCAUAGAGCGGGCUCCAAGUGCGGAAUGAAAAAUCAAUCAAUGUGUCUUUCACAAAAUGCCUUUAAUAGAUUUUAGAAAUCAUUAGCAAAUGUAUCUUAACAAAAGAUUGCAUGCAUAUCAAAUGAAAAUUUAUCUAAUUUGUAUUACCAAACACUUGAAUACUUUUAAACGAAUCAAGCGAAAUAAGUUGAAGAAACCGUCCAAUUAAUUUAUGCAAAUAAUGAAUCUGCAUAGUUUGUAAGUUUGAUACGUAUAUUACCCCCACAUGGACCACAAAUAGAUUAUAAAUUGUAUUAACAUAUCUCACAUGGCUAUCCAUGUACAUGAAACUAAAUAGGCGAGAAACAAGGAAAUAUUUCCGUCUGUAAACAAUUUGAAAAGUCGUUCCCUCCCGUAAUUUGUUUUACAUUUGAAUACCUUUAAACGAACCAAGCGAAAAACUUUGAAGAAACCGUCCAAUUAAUUUAUGCAACUAAUGAAUCUGCAUAGCCUGUAAGUUUUAUACGUAUAUUCCCUCCACAUCGACCACAAUUAGAUUUAAAUUGUAUUAACAAAUCUCACAUAGCCAUGUACAUGAAACUAAAUAGGCGAGGAACAAGGAAAUAUUUUCGUCUGUACACAAUUUGAAAAGUCGUUCCCUUCCGUACCAUAAGAAUCGAAUCUCUCUAUAAAGUAACUUGUGUUUUCUUUUGUAAUAAACGAAACCUGAAAAUAAAUGAAUAUAAUGCCUUA